CCUGUAGUCCCAGCCCACAAGGUGAUCUCAGCACUUCAUCAUAUACCAAAGGACUACAGGCCAGCUCUUUCGCACCGCACCUCCGUAAUUAGAUAACAGGCACAGAGGAUGGCUUCGCAGAACGGGAGCGUUCUAAUGCGCGUGCUUGUUACCGGAGGUUCGGGUUUGAUCGGCAAAGCCAUCGAGCAGGUGGUGAUGAGAGACGGCGAGAAACGUGAGGGAGAGCAGUGGAUUUUCAUUUCGUCUAAGGAUGCCGAUCUCUUGGAUCUUGAGCAGACCAGGGCUGUGUUUGAGAAGCAUCGGCCCACUCACGUCAUCCACCUCGCGGCCAAAGUCGGGGGGCUCUAUCUACAAAUGCGAGAGAAUCUGCAUUUCCUGAGAGACAACCUCAGGAUAAACGACAACGUGCUUUGGACGGCCCAUGAGAUGGGGGUCACCAAGGUGGUGUCCUGUCUGUCCAGCUGCAUCUUCCCUGACAAAACCACCUACCCCAUCGACGAGACCAUGAUCCACCUUGGCCCUCCGCAUGAGUCCAACUACGGCUACUCCUACGCCAAGAGGAUGAUUGAUGUGCAGAACAGAGCGUACUUUGCCCAGUAUGGUCAUAGAUACACGGCAGUCAUCCCCACCAAUGUGUUCGGGCCACAUGACAAUUUCAAUGAGGCAGAAGGACACGUGCUUACAGCUAUUAUGAAUAAGACAUACAAAGCCAAGCGGAAUAACACAACCCUGAAUGUGUGGGGCUCUGGCAAACCCCUGAGACAGUUCAUCUACUCCAUGGACAUUGGCCGACUGAUGGUCUGGGUGCUGCGGGAAUACGAUGAAGUCGAUCCCAUUAUCCUCUCUGUGGGCGAAGAGGAUGAGGUGUCGAUUCGACAGGCUGUGGAAAUGAUUGCAGAGGCACUGGAAUUCAAGGGCAAGAUAGAAUAUGAUACCAGCUUGUCCGAUGGCCAAUUGAAGAAGACAGCCAACAAUGCCAAGCUGAGACGCUACCUUCCAGACUUCACCUUCACACCAUUCAGAGAAGCCGUCAAAUUGACCUGUGACUGGUUUGUGAAGAACUACGAUCAUGCCCGUACGUAGAGCACACAGAUAACGGUGAUCCCAUCAUAGCCGAACAAUGAACUGUAUCAAGCAUGCAGUUGGGCAAGUCACGCUAACGCUUGGGCGAUGUGUUGGGAAUUUUGAGCCCCGGUAAAGUGACAUGUUGCUUCAAAAAACAAGGAAUGACUGCUAGUGGUUUGAAUGUGUGGUGUUUAUUUUUUUAAAAGGGCAUUCCUGUCCAAGAUCUUUGUUGAGCACUCCCUGCUGUUCUUGCCUCAACUUUACUGAACUGUGUGUUCUAUCUAUACUAACUUGUACUUGUUAAUAUAAUGGAAUAAAGAACGAGACGGGCACUGUAGGUUCACUCAA